GCCCCUUUUUCGGCCAGCCGCUUCAAGCUGGCCGUCGGCUCCUGAUAAAGAUGGUUCUCCUGCUCCUCCCCCGCCCGCAAUCACGGAUCAUCCAACAGCUACUUUUUGUUUCUCUCCCGCUUGCGCACCUAUUGGUUUCCGCAAGCGACCAGGCGACAGACUUCGCCAACCGACGCCCAAUCGUCGGCGUGGAUGAAAGAACAGCACCUCGACCUCCUCCUCCUAUGCUAGUACAAAAUGCAUCGCCAGAAAAAAGAACAGCACCAGAAGCCUCCCUGCCACUGCAACUACGUGAGAAGGAUAAUUUCCCGCCCCGACCAAUGCGCGAGGGCCCGUCGAGAACUACGCAGAACAAAACUAAAACCAGACCCCACUCUUCGUUUAGCAAAGACCACACUUGUCACCAGCAGCACGGUCGCAAAAGACAAACCUUCAUCUCCCGCAGCACUACAAACCAACAUCCUAAUCACAGCGAAGCGCAGGAGGUUCGAGUCCUGGUUGAGAGAUCACUGCAAGGUCACCGGCUUGGGGAACAUUUUCCUCGGCACGUUCCAGACCCCGGGUAGUACCUCAUUUUCCAAGAAAAAAGUGCGCGGUCUCGGGGCCCGAAAAGCGUUUUCGGCAAACGCCGAGGAGUUAGUUUGCACACCAACGGCGUGCUCAGUGGGUGGAGUGGUGAAUCUGCCGGAAAGGUUUAAGCAGCUGGGGAAGCGGUUUCCAGAGGUAUAGUUUUCAUCUUGCUUCACGUUCUUUACAACAUAGGCUUCUCAAGUUUGAUGUUCCUGUCAUGCAUAUUCAAGUUCCGUUUUGGUCGUUUUUCUACAAGUUAUAAAUCCAAAGACUCACUUCUAUCAGUCCUGCCCCGACUCGGUGCUGGGAAAAUUAUGGCUAGCGGAGGAAUUGACUCUGGGGGAAGACAGCUGGUACGCACCAUAUUUGGAAUUCUUGCCGCCGCGAGAAGCGUUUCAACACCAUCCGGCGACGAUUGUGCAAAGCAGGGAGGAGGAAUGCGGAAAAACCAAAUUGGCGCAAGCAGAAACGGCGGAACAGUUCAACAAACUGAAUUCUUCUUCAGCUCUCUCCACCAGCUCCGAGACUAUUUCCACGGCAGGAUCAACAGCAGCAAAGCAGAAUUGCAAAAUACACAACCCCCAGCAGCACGCCGCGCGGCGCUUAUGGUUACCGAAGUGGGUGCGGUUGAAUGAAUGCUACAGGAAAUACGUGGUACAACUAGGGGCGACAGCGAUAAACGACGUUCGUACCACCACAAACCGGAGCGACGACGAGUAUACAACUACCGCAGGAAAUUUUUUAGAGUCGGCGACUACCAGGCGUGGACCUGGUGGUGAACAACAGCCUACGACUGUUGCUGCCACAGAUAGUGUAUCAAAUGCAAAAAUGUCUGGGUCUGGAAGAUUUCUAGAUUUGUCAUGCAUAUUUUCCCUGAUCCAUGUCGUCUGGAAUGCAGGACCUAGCAUGACAGAUUGUGCCAGAUCCCUACCAUGCCUAUCCUGCAUGAGAAACUGCCUCUCGAUUAGGUCAAAAGGGGACAGCUUCUGGUAAUCAUGCAGCACAGAUUUUUACAUGAUUCAGUUUUAGCAUGACAAGUUGCAGACCCACACAUUUUUGCAUUUGAUAGAGUGUGUCCGAAACUGAAUCUCCACGUCCCCUCCCAAAGCACCUGCUGCACGCGCUGCUGCUCUCGCACACACGGGAAUUUCGGGGAGACUUGCUCGGAUUAGAACCGCUGCUCGAUUUUGUGCACCACGGACAUUUUUCAACUAGUACCGCGAAGAACGGAGGUACCUCGGGCAGUGGAGCUGCAUCAAGGCAGUCCACGAAUGGCACAGCACUCCCUCUUACGUCGUCGAAAGCAGCAAACAACGCCGUCUACGUGCCUGGUCGAAUUGUGGCGCGAAAAGUGGAGUAUGGGGAAGGACACGGGGGUAAAACGAGUGCGGCGAAAGUUCGUAGUCCAAUCGAUAUGACGAGAAACAGAGCCCAAAUCCCUUGUUAG